AUGCAACACGAGCCCAGCACUCCACCCGUCAUCACCAUGACUUUGCCCAAUCCGUCGCUGGCCGACCUGGAACACGAAAUGGGCUCUCCUCGGUCUAAAAACCCCAGCCGUAGAUACAUCACCAGUGACACCCGAUCGGUGUCUCUCAGCUCACUGCCUUUUGAUGACCGGUACUUGAAAGAACACUUCGUGGACGGCGAGAAACCACAACUGCCACUGGUACCGAUGCCCUCCGUGGCUCCAGAGGCUCUGGCAUUCGACUCGAAGUCGCUGUCGACUCACGGACUUCAUAUUAAGUCGCUGUCGGCUCGUGAGUUUCAGACAAAGUCACAGUCGGCCAACGAGUUCCAGACCAAACCUCUCUCGCCACCCUCUAACCCGCAGUCACCACUCUCCAAAGUGAAGCCCGUGUUCAAGCCAAUUGGCUCACCCACAUCACAAUCCUCUUUGGGUCUGCAACCACUGUCCGAGAUUGUCUACAUUGAUCUAUACAACUUGCCUCAGGCGAAAAAACAUGUGGAACAGACUGGCCGACUACCCCAAUGGCUUCAGGAAUGCAGAUCACUUCAAUAUCUCAUGGCGCCAAAAAUGGGUCUCAAGGUGAUCGACGCAUGGGUCUCUUCCUCCCUGGUGAACCUCAAGGUGCUCGAUAUCCGCUCCAACAUCAUCACCAUUUUCCCAGAUCAUCUUGCCAGACUCUCCGAUAGUCUGCUGGUUGUCAAUUUGGACGAUAAUCCGUGUCUGGACAAGUGGAUGAAACGAAACAAGCAAUUUGCAGAAAGAUUUAAUGCAGCAAUUGCUCGAGCUUUGGCCCUACCCAAGAAGAAGGCUCCUAACUCCUACUCUACGCGACUUGUUGGCACUAUUUCGUCUUCCUCAGAGUCAGAGCAGCACCAACAGCAGUCCAGAACCAGCAAGAACAUCUUCAAGUCGUUUCGAAAAAAGCGACAUUCGACCUUUAAUCUUGAGACGCUCAGUCCACCAUCUUCGGACGAUGAUGACGAUUUCCUCACCUCUCUGACACCAGAUCCACCAAUUGGAAACACCUUCUCUUCUGCAUCCAUGGCCUCUGCCGGGUCGUCUCAGGGCUCGAGAACAUACUGUGACUCCGUGGAGUCAGCAGGGUCCUCUGCUUCGAUGGUCAAGCCUGUCGACAUUGCUAAGACCAACGUUCUGAUAGAUCUGUUUCGAGAUAUUUGGGAAUCGACAACUUUGGAUCUGCUACCUGACAUCAGAGAGCCCAUUUCAGUUUAUAGCCAGGAGCUAAAUCCCACAAACACCUCUCUGAUCCAAUUUGGAGCGGCAGAAAUCUCACGACAAAAAGUGCUGGACCUCUAUGAACAACUGGUGAACCUCGAGUUCACCUACGUGCAACACAUGACCGAACUAUGUGAUUUUAUACAGAUCUACGUCAAUGCCUCUGGAAAAGGCAAGCCGCAGGCGGCCAAAGCAACAUUUAGAGACCUGCUCCCUCUGCAUAAAAUUCACAAGGACACCAUGUUCCCCGGUAUCGAAAAGGCUUACUCUCGGUACCUCAACAACAAAGACAGCAACUUCGAGCCGCUUCUCAAAGUCUUCAAGAAGAAGGAGUCCAUUUACGCCUUCUACUCCUCCUUCGGAAGCAACUACCCCACCAUCUAUGCUCGAGUAUUGAAGUGGGAGGAGAACUUUGCCUAUCUCAAGGAGGCCAAACCCAUGAGCUCCAUCAAUGCUGUUUCUUUUGGGUCCAUGGGAGUUGGACGGCCUGUCACCGUGAACGAGGCCAAGAACCAGAAAGCUGCCAAGCGAGAGACUGUUGCCCAGGUGACUGCCGCCUCAUAUAUGUGUGCGGACUGGAUGAAGAUAUGCCAGAAACGACCCAACCAUUCAAUGGCCCGGCUGUCUGACUACAUGCGGCUACCCCGCCAACAUAUUCAGGAAGUCAAAGAACUACUAACCCAAAUGUCUAGAUUUGGAGACCCCUUCCUGACCGAGUGUGCUGAGCUGUGGACCAAGUUUGUUGCUGAUCUGGACAUUGUCGUCAAGAAGGCCGAGGGCAACUACUUGCUUUACUGCUUCCAGCGAGAUUAUGGACACUCGGCGCCCAUUAUUGAACCCCACAGAACUUACGAGUUUGACUUUCUUGCAGUCCUCGAGAAGAAGACGCUGUUUGAGUCUGCUAAGCACAAGGGUGAGGGUGACGCGGUUGUAUACAACCAUUACGCCACGCGUAUCAAGAACCUGGACCAGGGCUUUAAGUACGCAAGCCCCACUUCGUCCGUUGUUGACAGUCUGCAAGUCAAACAGCUUUAUGCCGGGGACGACAUGUUGUCUCACCACUGUGCCACGCAUCUCCGAUUGGUAAUUUGCAACGACAGCAUCAUAAUACUUGAUGAGAAAACCCGCCACACAGUCCAUAGUGUUCCCAGGAACCAAGUUAAGGCUACAGCUGUCUGGGAUAGGUCUACUCUGAUGUUUGAUGAGCUUGGUAUCGAUGAAGAGCCCCUGGCCACUCUUAUUCCCACGGCCAAGAUCCGGCUGGUGUUCCUCAAAUCGCGCGACGUCUGGCAUCUGGAGCUUGGCUCCAUUUAUGGUCUCAAAAAGAAGCGACCUCAGGACGUGGCAGACGUGAUCAACGGAGACAAGACUCUUAUAAUCCCCACCCCUACGGCCUAG